AUGGCGUUUCUCAAGGGGCCAGAAGUGCCUCCUCUACCCACUAAGGACAUACUCAGCUGGAUCUUCGACGAACCUACCUACGACGUCAAUAAGCCAGUCUUCAUAGAUGCAACCAACAUAAAACGCUCCCUAUCCCUCUCGCAAGCCCAGCAUGUUGUUCGCCAACUCAUUGCUGGCUUUCGUGCACAGGGUAUCAAACCCGGCGAUUGCGUGCUCAUUCACGCCUUUAACGAUGUUUACUACAUGAUGCUUGCCCUCGCUAUCAUUGGCACUGGCGCUGUCUUCGCUGGCUCGAACCCCGGAUACACCCCCUUCGAACUGAGUCACCAUAUCAAGGCCACUUCGGCCAGCUGGCUGAUCCUCGAAGCCGAAACCCUACCCACAGUGCUUUCUGUCACCAAGACCAUAUCUAUUCCCAGUUCCCACCUCAUCAUUUUCCACCCGCUCGACACCCAGUCUUGCCCUUCAGGCUACACCUCCUGGCUCACCUUGCUACAGCACGGCACCGCAGAUUGGGUGCGUUUCGACGACUACAACACCUGCAAGACCACUACUGCCGCGCGAUUCACCUCCUCAGGGACCUCCGGCUUGCCAAAAGCAACGAUAAACACGCAUCUAAAUAUGAUCGCCCAGCAUGAAUUCAACUACUCUCCUCUAUUCUACAAGCGACCCUGGGAGACAGUAAACCUGUGGAGUCUACCAAUGUUCCACGCCGCUGUCGCGCCCCGCGCCCUCACCUCAAUUUGGAAGCUAGGAGAGAAAGCAUAUAUCAUGCGGCGCUUCGAAGUGGACGCGUUCGUGCGCAACAUCGAGCGAUUUGGCGUCACGGACCUUUUCGGCGUGCCACCCAUGCUGGUCGCAAUCAUCAUGCACAUGCCCGUGCAGAAGGGCGAGGUCAGUCUGCGCUCCAUCCGCUCUGGGGCGGUCGGCGCGGCGCCCCUCACGAAGGAAACGCAGGCACGUAUCACCAGCUAUCUGGCACCAGGCGCGACUUUCACGCAGGUGUGGGGCAUGACCGAGUCAAACUGCAUCGCCAGCCGCUUUCCGUGGGGCGAGGCCGACGAGACGGGAAGUGUGGGCUACCUCAGUCCCGGCAUGGAGGGCAAGAUCGUGGACGUGGAGACAGGCGAGGAGAUCAGAGAGUACGGGCGCCGGGGCGAGGCCUGCGUCCGCGGCGAGAGCGUCAUCCCCGGCUACUUCAACAACGCCGAGGCGACGCGCAAGAGCUGGGACCCCGACGGCUUCUACCACUCCGGCGACGUCAUCUACGUCGACGAGAAGACCAAGAAGCUCUACAUCGUCGACCGCGUCAAGGAGCUCAUCAAGGUCCGCGCCUUCCAGGUUGCACCCCCUGAGGUCGAGGGCGUCUUGCUGGAGAUGGAGGGUAUCGUCGACGCGGCUGUCAUUGGCGUCAAGGAUGACAAAGAUGGCGAGGGCGAGGCGUGUCGCGCGUACGUCGUGACGAGGCCAGGGUGGGAGGGGAAGCUGACGGAGCGGGACGUGUACGAUUGGGUCAAGGAGCGGUUGGUCAAGUACAAGCAUCUGGACGGCGGGGUCAAGUUCGUGCCGCAGAUCCCCAAGACGCCCAGUGGGAAGAUCCUCAAGCGUUUGUUGAGGGAUGAGUUUGAGAAGGAGCAGCGGCUGGAGAAGGGGCGAGCGAAGCUGUGA